AGUCACUAGACAUCCAAUCCUAGAACUCUUAUAGAUAUAAAUUAUUGGGUUCUGUUGGCUGCAUGGCUUUAAUAUAUAAAAGUACUAAAUAUAUCUACUGUCGUACAGUAAAGCUUCAUGCUCUGAUGGACAAGAGUUUGACAUCUUUCACUUUUCUUUUCAUGGCAGGGUCAUUCAUCAUAGCUGUAAAAGCUCAGUUCACAAUACAGCCAGUGUCAGUAGGGAGAGCCGAGGGACUGGAGGCAGUGUUCAGGUGCCAGUAUCAAGCCGAGGGAUUUACUAAUAAUUAUAUCUGGGCAAUAAACAAUGUUGUAGUGGGACAAGAUACAGAAACUGUUAGAGCUCGUCGACCUUCAUCCCCUGGUGGACCAACUACACUGACAAUAUUGGCCACUCCACAGCAUAACAACUCUAUUGUGUAUUGUAGUGCUGUUAUCAUAAAUGGCACUGAUAUUACUUUAGUAGAUUCAUCCACAGCAUCUCUAGUUGUUCAUGAGACGGUCCUCACUCCGUUUGUUGUUGCACCAAAUACCCUCACCGUGACGUGGAAUGCUCUACCUCUCACUGAGUACUGUGUGGACAUCACCAGGACAACUCUAGACUUCACUGAAACAGUUGUUAUCGAUUCUCUGUGUGGACUGACUAAUGAGUACAUCUUCAUGUACUCUAAUAACAGUGUGUGUGCUAGAUUCACUGUGACUCCUACUGAUGGAGAGAUGAGGGGAACAACCAGUGAAUUAUGUACCGGGUUAUUUACGAGAGUAGAAGGUAGUGGAGAACAACAUCGUAUUCUUGAAACUAAAAGGAAUAAAUUAGUCAAAUUUAGGGCAACUGUUCCAAGUUGUACAAAGUUCACUCAGUAUCGUGUGGACUCUGACCUAUUGACUACCUCCAUCAACCUUCCAAUCACGGACCCUCUUCUGUUUGAUGGCACACUCAGUUUCUUCCUCUCCACUGACAAGAUGACAGAAUACAGUGUCACACUGACUGAUGAGAAUGGAAUAGAUCUCGUGUUUGAGAACAUUCCAAUCAGUACUUUUGACGUUCAAGACCUCCUAGUGUCUGAAUGUCCUGGUGGUGGUGGUAUUUGUGUGAGCAUUGUGUAUGUUGAAGGUACCCUCUCUUCCGGAGCUCUCGUCUGUGCAGUACGUAACAUUGAUGGAGUGUUUGAUUUUGCUAACAUGAAACUGGUUUCCAUCCCUCGGAAUUCUAUUGAGAAUUUCACCAUUCCUGUUUCUAGUGGAGAAUACCGAGUGAUUGCUUUUGAUCUGGAGAGCAACGAUUUACCAAACAUGCCCAUCUCUAUGGUAGCACUCAGUCAAGACAUUAUGAAAGUGAACGCUAGUGUUGAAGACAUUAUCAGUCCACCACCAAGAGAGGGCAUUAGUGCAUCCAAUUUAACGAAUGGAGAUGUUAGUGUGACCUGCUCCAACUCUGCCCUGAAUUGUCUAGUCUUGUUUCAAUCCACCACCAUCUUUGACAGAGUGAUUGUCGGUUUCAUUAACUCUUCUGAAGCCUCAACUGUCCUCUCUUUGAAUGACACCUUUGGUGAUGGCUAUGUGAUGGUGUACUCUUGGAAUAGUUCACAGUCUAUCUUUGAAGGGGAGGUAUCGCUCAUUAUACAACUGGAUCUACUCACCAACCCACCUCCUCCUGAUAUUGAGUCCCUGCCAACAUCAGUUAUCACUGCAGCAGCUAUAGCUGGUUUAGUGAUUCUGCUAUUGCUUGUGGUCACCGCUGUUGGAACUGUCGUUGUGAUUUUAAGGAAGCGGAGACAAAAUGAAGUUGAGGUUCCAGAGUCAGAUGGAAGAGUGGAUUGGUCAUCAACAUUUACAGGAAUUGAGCAGCCCAACGAAGCUUAUGCUCCAGUACUCAAGAGGAACAUUGCCUAUGAGCAAACAAAGAAACCAUGGGGACAGAGGAUCGAUGACUCACAAGCCCCGGCAACAACAGAGGGAGAGUAUGAAAGCAUUGAGCCAGUUCAUGAGUACGAGGAUGUGUUGCCUCAGGGAAAAGCAAGUCGUGCAAAUUAUGUUAACGUUAACUGAUAGAUUUACCCAUUUAUUUUUAUCCCACACAUUAAUUUUGUAUACUGCAUGUGUAUAGCGGGAAAUUUUUCGCGGGUGCACAUUUUCACUAUUUGGCUCCAGAGCCCUCAGCAUAAAUGUUCGUGGGUUCUAGUAUUCGCGGUUCAAUAUGCCAGGAAACC